AUGAAGCUCUUGAAGCAUUGUGACGUCAAUGAGCACUUGAGUUGCACCAGUCGCAGCAGAACAACACGUUCAGAGAUGGCCAACGGUGGUUUGAGCCGAACUUUGUCCGACAUCAUCAAGUCGGUGCUCGCUUUCGCUGCCGCCGAAAGAGCGAGGUACGCUAGGAUCCAUCCAGCGGAGCAACACCAUCCCGACUGCAAACAAGGAGGCUCUGUUGUCAAUGCACUUCUGAAAGCGAACGCGCCAUUCGAAAUCCUGGCGUUGACACGUAAUGCCAAAUCAGCAUCUGCACAAAAGCUGCUGCAAAAGUCGCCCAAGAUCAAGCUCGUAACUGGUGACUUCAGUGCCAUCGACGACAUCUUCCUCGGUUCCAAGGUCCCGUUAGGCAGCAACGAGGAAGCCCACGGCAAAGCUCUCAUAGACGCCGCUCUCAAGAACGAUGUAUCACACUUCGUCUACACAUCCGUUGAACGGGGCCCAAACUCCGACACAACGCCAACUAACGUCCCGCACUUCAUCACCAAGCACAACAUCGAGCAGCAUCUUUUCGCCAAAGCCAAGGGCAGUAACAUGACCUGGACUGUUCUCCGGCCCGUUGCUUUCUUCGACAACUUGAUGCCGAAUUUCUUCGGAAAAGUGUUUACGGCGAGUUGGCUGAUGAGGUUGGGUGAGGAAACGAAGAAGAUGCAACUGAUUGCGACCAGCGAUAUUGGAGAGUUCGCGGCGAAAGCGUUCGUCAACGCGGAUCAAGAGGAGUUCAGGGAUAAGAGUAUAUCGCUUGCUGGCGACGAAUUGACGUUUAGUGAGAUGAAAGCGAUCUUUGAGAAGAAAACGGGAGAAACACUGCCAACGACGUAUGCGUGGAUUGCCGGGCUUAUUCAGUGGUUGGCAAAGGACUUCGGGUACAUGAUGAAGUGGAUGCGGAGAGAUGGAUUUGGAGUAGAUGUUGCAGGGAUGAGGAAGAGGAACCCAGAGAUGAAAGACUUUGAGACUUGGUUGGAGACGGAGAGUGCAUGGAGAAAGAACUGA